AUGUCCAAAUCAUCAAAGCGUUCGAUCCCCACCUCGGUGACACAAAGUCCAAUUGCUGCAACCAGCACCCCAGCUCCUGCCACCCGUCGUCCAGCACAACCUGCAACAGUAGCAAAUCCCUUCGCAUCAAGUAAUUCGGAGCCACCACCAAGCUAUUCCCCACCAGCAACCACUGUCGCAGCCUCAACGGACAAUCCUUACGCAUUUCUCUCCACUUUCGACACCGUCUUCCUAAUCGAUGACUCUGGCUCCAUGGCUGGCCGUUCAUGGCGCGAGACUUCCCUCGCCAUCGCAUCCAUCGCGCCGAUAUGUACCGCCCAUGACAAAGACGGCAUCGACAUCUACUUCCUCAACGCCCCCGACUCACAAAGCUACCAGAAUAUCACUCGUCCAAAUGAGGUCCAGCGUAUAUUCGACACGGUCAAGCCUGGAGGUGGAACACCUAUUGGUACCAAGCUGAACGCGAUCCUAAAGCCUUACCUCAGGGAGUGCGAAGCCAAGAAAUCCAACAUGGACGCCGUGAAACCCCUCAACAUCAUCGUCAUCACCGACGGCGUCCCAACCGAUGAUCCCGAAUCCGUCAUCAUCUCUUACGUCAAGAAGCUUGACAAACUUGACGCGCCACCGUGGCAAGUCGGUAUCCAAUUCUUCCAGGUCGGCGAAGAGAGCGGCGCAGCAGAGGCGCUGCAAGAACUCGAUGAUGGGAUCGCGCCGCUGUGUGGGGGAAGAGAUAUCGUUGAUACGGUACCUUGGAAGAGUCAAGAUGGUGGAAGUACAGGAUUGAAUGCGGACGGGAUUCUGAAGGUUGUGCUGGGGGCUGUGAAUAGGAGACUGGACCGCAAGAGGGUGUCUCUGGAUGGUAGGCCUGCGCAACAAGGGCGAUAA